AAAGCAUCAAAACGUCAAACGAAAAAAAAAAAAGAAAGAAAGAAACCCCCUUUCAAUCGUAAAGCAGAUGCAAAACGUCCGGGUCGCUAGCGGAUGGAGGGACGUCCUGAUGUGGGAAUCUUAUGCCACGGCAAGAAGCGCCCGGCAGAACACGAACCAGAUGCUGAUCAACCACUGGCAAAGAAAUUCGGACGCCUACAGAUCGACGCAUUAGCGAAUCAUAGCGGUCUCGAGAAUCGGGAAACGCCUCUCCCUCUUGAACGUUCGUCAAACUCAACUGAUGCAAUGUUACUUGAUGAUACUAAAGAUACAACCUAUAUUCACGACUUGGCGCGCGAGAUAGCAGAGGCUGAAGCAGAAGAGCUUCAAGUUUCAUUUUUGCCCGGGAUUGUGGAGAAACUAACACCGAUCCCGAAAGCAAUUCUGGCAGGUCCGAAGCCGCAGAGCAACGAACUCGUUCUCUACCGGGAACCUACGUCUUUGACAAUGCCGAAGGAACAUGACUGUAUACGAAGGGCUAUAAUCGACUCGAAGGAACGAGCAAGAGCGAAGCGGACCCAGCCUCGGAAAUUCACGCCAGAUUCUCUAAGCCAUGUGAGGGACGUAGAUCACGGCAAUUGCGACACCAUUUGUAACGAGGACGCAAUGGACAUUGAUGUUGAGCGCUAGUUUCGUGGGUGCUUAAUAUAAGCGUCUAUGAUGACCAUUGUAGUGUGUCCUUGGGUUUUAUAUACGAUGGGUGGACUGUGCAUAAGAAUGAUUAAACGAACGAGAUUUUGAUCUACUAUGGUUCAUGGAAGAAUGGUUCAUCUGACUCCAGCGGAGCUUCAGGAGGACUAAGAACACUUCGAGGUGGUUCAGGGGCCUGCAGAGAUAUAUCAAAUGGCUGGCUCUAGGUGUUACAUGUGGUGAGCAUAGACAUCCAUGGAUACGUGAAUCAAUAUCUGCAUAAAUGCAUGGGAUUAUUACUAUUUAGAUUCUCCGCAGAGUAAUAGUAAGAA